AUGUUCACGGACGCCGCCUUCGCCCUCAACAGGCCUCAAUACCACCCUCAAUUCAAACACCAAGAAGAAGGUUACAACAAGUCCACUGCACCAUCCUCAACUCCACCAACCUCCAACAUGAACGGCAUCGGCAGCACCGGCGGCGAAACAAUCUACGGCGGCGGCAACACCAACAUGCCCGAUGCCUCCAAUAUGCCCUCCCCAAACGCAUCCAUGGCCCGCACGACAUCGUCCGAAGUCAUGGAGGCAUUACGGUCUGGGGAGCCAGGUGCAGCCGAUAAACUCAUGUCCAAAGAGCAUCCCAAGGGUCAUGAUGGAUUUCUGAAACGAUUAAAGCAGAAGAUGGGCGGGGGUCUGAAGGGCGAGAAGGCACGGAAUGGAAGCGACGCGGAUAGUAAGACUGAUCUGACCAAGGGGACGUCGCCGGAUGAUGAUCAUUCUGUCGUGACCGAUCCGAGUGUGAUGUCGAGAGAUGGUGGAAAGGGAGACGGUGUGAUUCGUUGA